UUUUUCUUAUUUUUGUCCCGUAAUUCGUUUGCAACAAUGGGUCUCUCGGUCUCACGUCUUCUUGCCGGCCUUUUUGGCAAGAAGGAAAUGCGUAUACUGAUGGUCGGUCUUGAUGCUGCCGGUAAGACCACUAUCCUAUACAAGCUCAAGCUGGGAGAGAUCGUCACCACCAUUCCAACAAUCGGUUUCAAUGUCGAGACUGUGGAAUACAAGAACAUCUCUUUCACUGUGUGGGACGUUGGAGGUCAGGACAAGAUCCGUCCUCUCUGGAGGCAUUACUACCAAAACACCCAGGGUAUCAUCUUCGUGAUUGAUUCUAAUGAUCGGGAACGUGUUUCUGAGGCGCGAGAGGAACUCCAGCGGAUGCUCAACGAGGAUGAACUUCGUGAUGCUCUCCUUCUCGUUUUUGCCAACAAACAGGAUCUUCCCAACGCCAUGAACGCCGCUGAAAUCACCGAUAAGCUUGGUCUUCACGGAUUGAGACAACGCACUUGGUAUAUUCAGGCUGCUUGUGCUACAUCUGGAGACGGUCUCUACGAAGGUCUCGAGUGGUUGAGUGCCAAUAUCAAGCGUCGGGUGUAAUAGGUGCCUGGCCGUCGGAUACGCUUCAGCGUUGUUUACUUGUAUCACGAUUUCUUUACGAUGCCGAAAACGUAUGCAACGCCUGAGCUCACAAUACCGCUAGUAACUGUUUUUUGUCUUCCCUCCCUUCCCCUUGUUAUUGGAUCACUCGCCUUUCCUUUUUCCUGUAUUAAAUGGCCCGGGGGUCUUUCAAAAUGCUCUUUGAUUUAGAAUCUAGACUGAAUGAUCCAAUAAUGCAUUGAUAUUACAACGUGAUAAGUAUACAGCU